AUUCUGUGAUAUAUAAUGGAGAUGGAUCUUGUGUUUUUAUUUAUCUAUAUUUAUAAAUGCAACUAAGAGCAUUUCAUUGAACACCUUCAUACAAUUAUGGCUUCAUCUAGAGAAAAAUUGGAAAAGAAAAAUAUCUUGACAGUUGAUGAGAUGAGAAAAAAAAUUCUAGUUGAAACUCCUCAACUGGAACUACAAUAUUGUUCAUGCCUUCAAAAAGAUGGUAAAAUUUGCCAGUGUGCAAGGCCUUCAGUAAGUAAUGACCAGUCAGGCACAUCUACGUCAUCAACUUUAAAAGCCCAUCAUUCCAGCAUUUCUAAGGAACAUGGAUCACCUGAACAUAGCUUUUGCUCAGAUUCUGCAACAUCUCUGAAUAAGUCUCUUAGCAGCUACACAGUUUCUUUGAACUCAUCAGAAUCAACCUCUGAAAAUCCAGCAUCUAAAUCUCUACAUGGAGUCUCCAUGAACUCAAAAAAUUCAUUGGCAGAUCUGCCCAAACUUUCUAUGCCCAUCAGAAAUCAGUAUCACAAGCUGGAUUCUCAAUCCAUUGCAGAGCAAACUUCACAAACGACCAGCAGUACUGCCCCAAAAUAUCCUUGGAAGUUACUUCAUUCUAACCAGUCUACUUUUGAAUCUUUUUCUGCUGGUAACACUUUUUUAGAUCAGUCCAUUUCCCAGUUGUCAUCCAACAUGUCUAGUACUCUUACUCCUACUCCUCUCCAACCCCUUCCUUAUAGCUGCACUGAUUUGUCUUCUUCCUCUCAAUUGACAUCACCACUCUCACCAAUAGCUCCUGUCAUAUCCUCACCACCUUUGUCACCAAUUACCCCCAUUACAAAUUCUAUUACUCCUGAAAAUAUGGCCAUUAGAAAAGCCAAAAGCAAAAAAUCAAUUGAAAAAGCAGCUGGUCCAUCACAGUACAUUUUUAUGGCAGCUCAUCAAAUUAGUGAAGCUCAAGAGCAUGAGAAAAGGAAUGAACUUGCUGAAGCUGUCAUCAAGUACAGAGAAGGAGUUGGCACUCUAUUGCAGGGAGUUCAAGCUCCUGGAACUGUUCAACCUGUCACCACUCAAGGAUAUGCUUCCAAUUCCAACUGCUCCUACAAAGGUGAAGAUGAAGCCAAUGUUGCGCGGCGCGAGGGAGUGAGGCGUAAGACAGCUCAGUAUCUGCAGCGAGCAGAGCAGCUACUCUUCAGAUUGACCCGACAAGCAAGUAACAUAACCAGCGCUCUCACCAACCAGCCACUUUUGCCAGACAAGGAGUGCAUGAGUGGCCUGGGCAUCUGCGGCCUGCAGUGCGACACCGACCUGCUGCUGCAGUACCGCGUGCUGGGUAUGGCGGGCACGUCGAGCUGCCCUGCUGGUGUCAGCUCUGGCUCUCUGCAGCACAACGGGGUCAUUGUAGCACAGCUGCCUCAGUCCAAACACACGGUCGCUAUCAAGGUAAUAGUGAAAAGCAGCAACGGGCGGCAGGGCAAGAGUCUGAUCCCGCGCGGCGUGCCGCACAUGGUUCCGGUGGUGUGCUAUCAUGAGACGGACUCUGCUAUCUAUCUUGUCAUGAAAUACAUCAGUGGCGGUCGGCUAUGGGAUCACAUCAGCAAAUACGUUUGUGAAGACUGUCAUGUAUCUUCAAGCAACACCCGACGCUCCAACGGCACCCGUUGCUCCUCACCGCAAUCUGCUCAUAUGACGGCAGAUUUUGAUGAAGGAACCAAUAUUUAUUCGGGUCGACGCUUCUUGAUGGACGACAAUUGUUUAGAUGCAAAUAUAAACAUGGCUGCAGCUGUCAAAUCCAGCUGUGGGAAAGCAGCUGCAGCUGUGGGAAAAUUAUUCGAAGCUCCUGCAAUAAUUACUCAGGUAAAGACCAGUGAAAAAAUAGUUGCUGUGGCAACUGACGAAGAAACUACCAGUUCGACGGCAAACGUUAAAAACGAGGUUCCUUCAAUCGGGAGAAGUGAGUUGGGGCUUCGUAAAGAUGAUAUUGAUUUGCCCCCCACCAAAGAGAGAUUAGCAGCUCAGAAUGUUAUGCAAUAUAAAUAUCAAAAGAAAAAGCUGUCUCUUGAUGAAAUUACGUUGCAACGCAAGGCGUCGACUUUAGCGCCCAUGCAACAAAAGGGGAAGUCACUUGAUGUGGUGCAGCACCAUACGGUCAAAGACAAAAUAGAUUCUCCAUCAGUUGGGGAUACUUGGAUGGGUUGUGAGAAUACAUCUCAAGUAGAUGACACUCGUGACGAUAUGAGUACCGUAGACGAGAAUGAGACAAGCAGGAUUAUAUCGUCUCAGUUCACUUCGGCCGAUAGCGACUUGUUGGUUGCGCGUUCGGGAAUGGCUCACUACCAACCAAUUGAUUCGAGUUCUUGCGCGUCCAACACCUCGACGCUCGCUCCAGACUGGGGCGAGAAGACUGCAACAGGCACUGGGACUCUGCAAGAAGAUCCAAUAUUCCAGGUUUCUGGCCCCAAGAGUGAAAGGCUUGAAGGAUGUCGCGGUUGCGGAGUUGGUGUGCGCAGCAGUAAAACAUCGCCCAUAUCUGGUCGUGAACUGUCUGAAGUCAACCUCUGUACUGAUCUUGAAUUUUUCCCCGCUCAUUUCGUCUCAAAAUCUGUCAGUGCUGAAGACUUGACCUUACACAGCAUGUCGGCGCUGGAAGAUGUAAAUAUUCAGCACAGCACAAUAUCUACUGUAAAUGUAGUACCUCUUCUUCCAAAAAUAUUCUGUAAAAUAGAUGGCGAACAUGAAGGUGCAGUAAAUAAUGUAGAAAAAGAUGAUAAUGUAAGCAUUGGGAGUGACACAUUGUCGGGUGUGAGUGAUGAUUUUAGCUGUUCCAUGUCAAUCAACCAUCUAUCAGAGGACCGCAAGAAAAGUACAGGUGUUAUUUCAACGACCACAGGCACCACCAACACCACCAGUAACUUGCUCAGCGAAUGCGCCAUCAGUGAAGGUAGAAAACGCCCCUGCAAUACGCCAGACUCGGCGUUUGCUUUCAUGCAUCAUUCUGAAUGUGCUCUGAUGAGCCUAUGUCAGAGUACGUCUGCUGACAUCACUUCACUGGAGACCACUUUAGAACCUUCAAGAGCCACGCUCAAUAACAGCAACUUCAGUGUUACUUUGAACGCCAAUGGAGGAAGUGCUUCUGCUGCUCCUGCUGUUGCUGUACUAUGUGAUGCAAAAGUCAAGACUUUAGUUUCAACUGGUCAAAAUGUAACUGAUGUUUCAAAGAGCAAUGCAUCGUCGCUUAGUGGUUGUAGUAUGAGGGAAAAUGUUGUGACAGAAACAUCUUCCCUGUCAUUUAAAUGCAGUAAGAAGUUGCAAAAAUCGAAUAGUGAUGAUUUAAGUGCUGAAAAGAACGAUAAGAAGCCUGACGAUGAGCGAUGCCCUAGUGAGCCAGCCUCUAUUUCGAGCGUAACUCUUCCUUCAUUCUCUACAAGCCAAUUGGGGGAUCGUUCAGGCUCAGAAGCUGCCUCCUUCGAUAUAGAAGAACUAAUCCGUAACUCCAGACGACUAUUACAGAACGUUGACAUGACCUUGGAACAAAGCAAAAGCAAAGGUGUCAAGCCAGUGGCGUCUGAGGACUCGAGCACCUCCAUUGAUCAAUCUGAGCUGCCAUUGGACAGCGUUAGUGUUGGUUUUGACACGCCUGACGUGCCGAGCAACAGCACGCGCUGUAGUCACGUCUCUUCGGAAAGGCAGGCACACAGCAAGCAAAUGGCGGACAACACUUACUCAUCUAUUCCUUCCAUUGCACUCGAUACAUCCAGACAUGCAGUGGCGCCGGACCCUACCAAUCUAACUAUUGACCACAGUGCGAGCAGCAUGGACAAAGCCAUGCGUAGUCCUCGCCAGGUUGCCAAAAAUACAAUAUCUCAAGAUGAUACCAGCGUGACAGAUGCUUACCAGUCAUGCAAAGAGAGCCACUCGUCCAAGGACUCAGGAAGAAACGACAAAAAUGCUGCAUUGUUGGUCCCAAGAGAGUCCAUGACAUCCAAAGAAGACUCCACCAACCCUUCAGAUAUCCACACCCAGAUUCACUGCAGCGCUACAGCCGAGAAAGUGCCGGAAGAAGUAGCAGAUUUAAAAGUUAAAGCGGCUAUCUUGUCACGACAAGCCAAUUUUGAGAAGAGUGAUACAUCUCACAGUUCUUUGCAAAAUGGAGUCAAGAAGACCGCUUUAGUGGAAUUCAUGAUGGCCUACGGAGGGAUGAAGGGUAAUGAUGAGUCAGCCUCUGCCUCUAAUGACUCCACUUCCAUGUCAGGAUUGACCUUGAACAAUAGCGAUUCUUCUGGCGUAACUCCUGGUGAUAAAUUUGCCGGUGACGGGUCAUCAACCCACAGUCUUAAUUCAAAUGAAAAACUGUCUCCAUCGAGGAGCAAUGGUGAAGACGUGAGUAGCGAGUCGACAUCUGGACUCGAGUAUUGCCGUCAUCCUGAUCCUGUUGUGAAUGAUGGCGACGAACACUGCUCGGAGACGAUCGUCCGCGCCAGAAAUCUUAGCAACGUUCAUCUAGAAAAAUCAAGAGUGCAAAAUAAACCUGAAGAGGCCCUCAGUGAACCUCUUUAUUUAUUACCACAGAAAGACAGAGUAGAAAUAAUGUCUGUAGGUGAGCUUACAAAUGAAGAUAAAGGUGAUAAAUCAAAUUCACUUGGCCGAAAGAACCUUUGUAAAGCAGGAAUCUCUGCCCUUGACGGUGAAAAAUUACAGUGCAAACUCCGUAUUAGUGGUAAUGAUGGCCUGAUAAAGGAAUCUUCAGUAUCAAGUCCAGUUUCUGCAUGUGUGGCCCACGAAACUUUUGUUGCAACUUCUAUUACGGAAUCUAUGUCAUUACACACCUGCAAAUCCCGUUUAUCUGCAGGUGCGAAGUAUGGAUCACAAGCAUGCGACUCUGAGUCAACCAUGAGCAAUAACCGCAGAAGCGACUUGUCAAACGCAACCGACCGAUCGGCAAAUUCUACGUGUAUAGACUCCCGAGGCGAGAACUCUUUAGCUGACGGUUCUCUCAUUGAUAGUACAAGCACAUCUUUCGUUAACCAUCGUGUUGGCUCCGACAUAUGCCCGCGAUCUGAGGAUCCUCACAAAACGCAACUUACAGACGUCACUGACGACGAACAUCUUAUCAAAUCCCCUCUCAGAGCAUGUGUUCACCCUGCGUCCUUGCCUCACCAGCAGUCUUCGUUAACAACCGUAUCGGAGUUCAACGAAAGGGAGAGCCCCAAAAAGUUCUCGAUCAUCCACCAGACGCCUCUAUCAGGUUUAUUGGAGACGUACUGGCUAACUGCCAAGCAAAAGUCAGGUCAGAGAGAUCCUGGCCUUGCUGGAGAAGACAAAAGGCAUCUCCCUGAAGGUCUGGUCAAAGUCUGGGGGGCUCAAAUGGUCACUGCAAUCUCUGCUCUCCAUGACGUUGGCAUCAUUUGGGGGGACUUUGGGCCUCGAAAUGUGUUGCUCGAGGACGGCGGCUCUGUCAUCUUAACCCUGGAGACCCGCUGGUCUAGCGUGGAGGUGAGCAGACCAGCGGCUGGCCACUGCUCUGUUCGCUGCAGGUCGACCACUUGCAGACCUCAGCCAUGCUCUGGUCGAGACAACGCUUUUAGUCAAGCUUGUGAAGCUAAUAUCAAGAAUUCGGAGCUAAGAAGCAUUGAAGGCGGCAGUGCGGCAAUAGAUCCCACUCAUUCAAUGGAAAAAGUUCUUACUAAUAACACUUGCAGCACAAAACCGGCCUCCGGGGGGCCGCGUGUAAGCAAAGUUACGAAAUUCAUCGAUUGCACGAGCACAGAAUCUAAGAAAAGUACUGAAGAAACGAAUGAAAAUAUGGAAGGUUCUUGUAUGAACCUCACAGUUGCUCACAAACAAGAAGAAGCUCUAAAGGAAGAUGGGAACCCAUGCAGUCGUGCGCGCAUAGAUUGCAAUGCCACCAAAGCUUCUCAAUCUCCUGGCUCGAAUAUCUAUCACUUAAGUGGUGAGCAUGCGAGUAAUCAGCAAUCUUCGGAGUGUUGUGGUAAUGAUGAUCAAGCAACAUCUCGGCAAGACUCUUAUCAUUGCCGUAAAAGCAGCGCUUGGUCAUGUGACCACGUGUUGUGCCACGCCUGCCUGGGCUACGUGGCACCCGAGCUCUCAUCGCCGCUGUCGGUGCCGUCGCCGGCCAGUGACUGGUGGAGCUUCGGUGCUCUUAUUUACCAUCUGCUUACAGGCUGCAGCGUGGCGGGGCAGCACCCGAGCGGCGUGACCAGCCACACGGAGCUCGUCCUGCCGCCCCACCUAAGCCCGGAGGCGUCGCUGCUGCUGUCUCAG